ACUCUGCAGAACUGGUAUGGUACUAUCACGGUACUAUGGAGACUAAUGAAUCAUAACCAUUAUCGCUUGUGUGCGUGUUAGUGUGGUACCAGUAUUCGUGAAAUAUUGUUUAAAACUGUAUUUUUUUUGGUCUUUACAGAUCUCAACUUAAAAAAUGGACCUGCGCUUCCUCGUGUCCUCCAAUUCAGAAGACAACCUCAAGUGCUUCAUCUGCAAGAACUACUUAUCGUACUUCCCCAUAUCCUUGUGCUCUAACAACCAAAGCAUCUGCGGCCGCUGCACUCCUCCCGAAGACACAACCCACUACCAAGACAGAGCCUUUGAGACUCUAUGUCAGUCAGUGAAGUUUCCCUGUCGGUACCACCUAGACGGUUGCAUCGAAGAAUUAGUACCAGAAGACGUACCCCAGCACGAGCAGACCUGUCGCUUCCGAAAAACCGGAUGCGUUUUGACAAAGCCACAACAGUGUGCUUGGUUUGGGCCGCUACCCACACUGUUGCGACACUACCAAGAAGACCAUCCAGACGUGUUUUUGAAACAAGGCGAAUUCGAAAUGGACGUUGCGCGUUCUGAAGAAAAGGAUUAUUUUUUGGAAUAUAAUAACAGUCUCGUGAUUUUUACGAUAAAGUUUGACUGUGAAGAUAAGAAGUUACUGUUUUGUCUGUACAGUAACGAAAAUCAGGAUUUUGAUGAUACUUCCAGUUAUUUGAGCCUCAAAUCUGGCAACGUGACUGUAUCAUAUGACUUUAAUUUAACUUCUUGCCAUACCAAGUCGUUUACGGAGUUAUCCCUUCACUGUUUCUGUUGUAGUAAGAACGAAGAAGAGUCGGUUUUGGGGAAAAUCAGUAUAGGAAAGAGACAAGCCGUGAAGGAUGAGUGUACACCGCAUCUUGAAGAAACCAAUUCUGAGAUAGUUCCCAGCUUUUCAUCUUUUAAUGUAAUCGGUUCUAAUAUACUUGACCUUUUGAUGUGCCAGAAAUGUAAAAAAUUCGCCACGCCGCCAUUUUACCGUGGGCUUUAUAAUCUAGACAUUGUAUGUUCAAAGUGUAGGUCCAGUAGUUAUCGUGAGUGUUGUAGAAACAGUAGUUUUAGAAGUGACUUCAGAGACUAUAAGUUAGACGACGUCGUAACUUUAGUAGACUACCAGUGUCCAAAUAACAAAAAUGGCUGCACCUACACUGCAAAAUAUGAACAAAUGCCGGCCCAUUAUCAAUUUUGUCAAUACGUGGCUGAAAUUUGUUUCCUAGACACUGGUUGUCUAUGGAACGGCCCUGUGAAAAACGCAGCCAAACAUAUAUUUGAUGCUCACGAGAAUUUAUUUAUUCCAUUGGGAGCUGAGGUUCAAAUGACAUUUUUGGACUUCGACACGAAUUAUAAGUUUAUUAAAAUUCACGAUUUUCUGUUCAAACUGUCUUACGCAGCACAAAACCAUAAGCGUCUAGUUUGGUCAGUUCAGAAAAUGGGACGCUACCAAGAGAAAUUUAAAUAUCAAAUCGAUAUUAGCGAUAAAGAUGGUGGCAGACUUUCUUUGUGGCACUACUGUGCUGAAGUGACAAAAAAAGACUCCGUUUUUGUUAACUCCAAUCACUACUGUUACCUUGAGAAGGAACAACUUUCCAUGCUGCCUGCAACUGAAAAAAAUGUUAAUGUUACAUUUACGGUGAAGAUUUUUAAGUAGUGUUUGUACAUUAUCAUUAUCACACGCUUUGUGUAAUUCGUAAAAAUAAAACAAUGAAUAAUUCAGAUUGUAGUAAAUGAGUCAUAUAAAUAUAAUUUAAAUUCAAAAAUUCACCCACAAACCCCGCCCCCCUAGCCACAAAUAAAAACCUCGUUUUGAAACCACAAUGGCCGCCUCGUCCCUCUACUUUUUUUAACUCAAUGGUUCUUGGGGCAUGGAAGUGGAAACAAGUUGGCGAACACGUUUCAGACCUAGUUUCCGACGGACUCCUCAAAUAAUCAAGUACCAACGAGGAUGAAUAACUAAAACCAGCAGAAAAAUCCCGUCCCUUUUGCUCCCGAAUCCUGGAAGAACUCGCACGACCUUAUACGACGCACAUUCCAGAGUGUCGUGGGCGACAUGGUCGAAAAUGGCGAUGGCGAUGGGGAAGGUGGUCUAUGCGAAGGCGGGGGCGGCGUGGUUGACUCCACCGUCGACGUAGCAUUAGUGGAUUGUGGUACCUCUUAUUACGACGGCAGCGGGAAGACGCCUGCCACCAAGCAGAGGAUGAGGCGGAAUAAGAGGAAUUUUUGGCUUUUGAUGGGACUCUUGUUGUUGGUAAUUGUUGUUAUUGUGCUGGUUGAGGAGGUUGCAAGAAGGAAUAUUUAAAGGUGUAGGUAGAAAUCAUCUGAUCUGUCAUUGUUUCAAAUGUAAGGUUGGUAUUGCAUGCAGGAGCUAGAAAUGAAAGUAAAUAAUUUGGGCUUCGAGUAGGCGGUGCGCCGAAAUUUCAUUGACAGAUCUGUGUGAUUUGUACUUUAAGUUUGUAGUUUUACUUUACAUUGCAUUAUAUAAAUAUAUAUAUCGAUAUGUCAGAGAGCCUGAUUUUUUAUAUGCACUAUAUUUAUAUUUUUUAGAAUACCUAUGUGAUUUUUUACAUUUUUAUAUGCACUCUAUUUAUUACACUUUUUAAACAAA